AUGAUUUUUCCACCAGCCUACCCCCCAUUACAUGGUGAAACACGAGCCCUUCGACAACCUUCACAUCGGAUACUACCCAUGGAAGCAAGUCGAUCAUUACCCACCUACUUUCGAUGGCGUCGCCCUCAUUACAGAGGAAAUCCGAUUAUGCUCGUCAAGAAGUUCUUGCUAAAGGGCGCAUAUCUGAGGAUUACCGUUACGUUCUUCAUGGCGUCUUCCGAAGUUGGACAAGGAAUUCGACUUGGGGUCAAAUAUUGGAGUUUCUUAUUCAAAGGCGAAGAAAGUUUCUCGACAACUAUUUCUGUCCGUUGUCAGCCGAAAAGGUGA